AUGAUGAACUGGGCGAAAGCAGCGUAUGCCCUCUUCCUAUUCUCCUUCCUUUCUCGCACAUCUGCAAAGCGCUAAUCAUCCCACGUCAUAUUUACAGGCUGGCCAAUGUUGCAGGCACAGCAGAACCAAUCUAUGGCCCAGGGGCCAUCCACUCGGUAGCAAAGCAAGCAGAGACGACUCCAUACUCCGAGGUCAAACGAAGCGACUUAAAAUGGGAGGCUAUGGAAUCUACCUGCGUGGAAACCCAGAGCUUCUAUUUGAUGGCAGAUAGUGGACAUCUAGGUUUGGCACAGGUGAUCUACAGCAAUGUUGCGUACGCUCUCUGGCGGGUUUGCAUACCAGACAAGGCUAAUCGGGUGUAAAGUGGAAUUCGAACUACAUGCCAGUUCAACUGCAAAAUCUUCUACCCAAAAAGCGAAAAUAAGCCCAACCUUUGGUCGUCUGAUCAACUGAGGGAUGUAGACUUCAGUGAGGAUAAGAACAGCUUCUAUGCCCAUGACUGUGCUAUUGAUAUGUCCGAAGACGGAAACUCCUAUGCCAUCAAAUCUAUGACGAACCCAAACUCCAUUGUCAACCUCACCGUUACUCGAACUGCGCCGGGUUUUCAAGUGGGCAAGGAUGGAAAGACACUCUACGGAACCGACCCAAAGGCACCAUGGGGUACAAUGAGGCAUAUUUUCUGGCCGAGAAACAAGCUUGAGGGCUCGAUUAUGACAAAAGAUGGACCGAUCGAUUUCAAGGGAAAGGCUCUGUUCAUCCACGCUCUCCAAGGCAUGAAACCACAUCAUGCCGCAGCAAAAUGGACCUUUGUCAACUUCCAGGGUCCAAAAUACUCUGGUAUCAUGAUGGAGUACCAAACUCCUCCAUCUUACGGUUCAACUCUUGUUAAUGUUGGUGGAAUCGCCACGGACACUGAGAUUGUCACAGCCGGGUCAUCAAAUAAAGUCACCCACACCAAGGUUAAAGCUGAUGCUGAUAACGACUGGCCAGCUCCAGAAGCACUCAGGAUCGAGUGGAAUGGAAAAUAUAAGGAUGGAAAGAAGGUGGAAGCCGUGAUGGAGGGGUCAUUAGAAGAAAGACGUGACAGGGUCGAUGUCAUGGCCGAAGUUCCUGGCUUCGUGAAGACGAUUGUUGCUAGUGCUGCUGGCACAAAGCCAUAUAUCUACCAGGUUCGUAUUGUCCUUUUUUAUUGUGUACUUGUUCUAAUCAGCACAUUAGUAUUCCCCGUCUACGAUCUCGCUCAAGGUCAAGAUUGGCGAGGAGGAGACCACCGAGGCAGGUUUCUUGUUCAGCGAAGCCACUUUUAUUUGCGAAUAA